UGCUGAUGAGAAACUGAAAAGUCUAGGCUCUAAACAUCACCAUGGAAACAAGACAUCAGGACAGCAGAUAAGAGGAUCAAAAUCUAGCCUAGCAUCAAAUACAGAGUCCAUAAACCAAACUAAAACACAGACAAACAAAGCACAGCCACCGCCAACACCAACACCCUCGAUAGAAUCUACUCAGCUAGAAACAGUAGCAGAUAUCCACCAUUCUGAGCAAUCUUUAAAUGACACUGUAACUAUUACUGGAACUGACACUCCAGAUGAUGUCAUUAUGGCAGACAGGCGACCUCAGAGGGCUGGUCGCAAUGACAGUAAAAAUCAGGUGACACAGGACGCCAAAAGGAGGUCUAGAAGUGAGGGUAGAUUAAAGGGACGUAACUCUAGUAAUAAAAAAGAUGGGAACAGUUCAAAGGGAAGAAGUGGAAGUUACAGCAAGGAACCAGUUGAUCAGCAGAGCAGGCAUUCAUUGUAUAAUGAGCCUCAAUCAGAUGAAGGAGGUUUCCCAGACAUUAAAACUAGUUCAAGUGAUUCGGAAGAAACACUUCAGAAAAAAUGGAUAAGGAAUCCAAAUAUGGUUAAACAGGCUCGGAAAACUGAAAAAAGAAAAUCACUUGGAAAUAAUUUAGAAAACGGGUAUCAUGGAAGACCAAAUUACCUUGAUCUUCAGGGAAAUAAGGAAAAUGUUGAUCGGGGCUCACAAAAGGAGAAAUAUAAAAGAUUGGAAGAAAUGAGGAAAAAACGGGUUGACAUAACAGUGACCUCAGAUGAAGAACUAAAUUCUCCAGAAUUCAGGAUUUCCAGAUUACGUCAGCGAGCAUUACAAGGAGCUAAAUUAUCAUCAAAACUGCCAGAUAGACUGGAUGACUUUGAUUUACAGAAAAUCCAUUUGGAAAGGCUUGCAGCAGAAAUUCAUCAAAAUAAAGAAAAUGAGUCUUCAUCCACAUCUGAACAAAUUACAUUAAGGCCUAUUGGUCCAGGUCAAGGCAGUUUUUCAUCACAGCUCAUACAAGGGAAUGUAAAUAAACAUCCAGAUGACACUAGAUUCACUCAGGAUCACCGUAGUAACCAAAAUAUUCAGACAUCAAAUAAAGUGAGUCAAGGACAAGGACCAUAUAGAAAAAUACCGAAACAGGAAACAAACUUUUCCAAUUAUAAUCCACAGCCGACUGAUGUAAAUUACUAUCAAGGAAAACCGCAGCCAAUGACUUAUUAUCAAGGAAAACCAAACCAAGGACCUAACGGGGAAUUUACAUGGAAUUUCCAAAAUAAUAAUAAUAAUUUACAUCAAAGUGGUUACUAUGGAAACCAGGAUAGUAAUAGUAAUGUGAAAUCUAAUUAUAUUGAUUCUAAGCCUUAUCAAGAAAUUCCUGUAAAAAAGAUAAUUGAGAAAGGGAGAAAUAAACGUAAGUCACAUAGUGACGAUUCUCUGGAUGAAUUGAUUGAGUCAAACAUUCAAUAUCUGGAAAGUGAAAUGGAGAGUGGGAAAUUAAAGAAGAUUUCUGCGAGUCAACCGCGAAUGUUUCCGACACAACAAAGUGAUAUUUAUAACAAGGUCGAAAAACGAAGGUCAACUUCUUUAGACAGUACAAAGGCACCACGAGAAAGUGCUUUUCAAAAUGAGGUCAAGUUAAGAUUGCAAAUACCUUCAUCUAAAGAACAACAGCCUGAUAACCAUAGCAUACAGUCAAGUCAGUACGAUAGGUUAUCAUAUAGUACGUCAGAGUCUAGUACACCACCGUCUGCAUACACCUUACCGCCAAGUCAGGAAUAUAUAUUUCAAAAUAGUGUCCCGAAAGUUGAAAGGAAAUUCCAGUCUGCUUCUCACAGCCCUUAUCUUCCUAGACGAACAACAGCCGAACUUUCAAAUAUGGAAGAUAUGUCGAAAUCUGAUAGUCAGUUAAAUUGGGGAGAAUUAGGGGUGAAUUACACAAAAACGUUCAGAACACCAAACUAUUUCCCUGAACAGAACCCAAAUUAUUAUCCCCCACAAAAGUUUCCGCAGUCAAAUCAAAUUCCAAAUAUAAUGAGCCUCUCAGCAUCAGCUGUAGAGGGGGGAAUGUUCUCAGAUGUGGACUAUGAUAUUGAAGUGACAGACCGAAUUAAAAAGUGGGAAAAAUUUAUGAAAAAGAAAAACACUCCUCCAACAUCGACUGAAUCUAAAUCUCCCGUUCCUCUGACAACUAUUAUGGAAUCAGAAGGAGGCAUUCCUGAUUCAUGGACUGCAAAAGUGCCCCCUAGUGUUGUAUCUUCAAUAUCUGUUACAGUUACAAAAUCUGUAGCUCAUCAACCACAGCCACAGAGACAGUCAGUCACUGCCCCUGUACAAAUGGAAUCCAAAGUACAAUCGGCAGAAACUAACGCACACCGUUUGUUUAGGGUUGUCCAACAACCAAAAAUAGAACAAGAAAAUGUAAGGACAACUUAUGAACCUGUAAAUAUUCAAAAAAGAGCAAAAGUGAUCAGGAGAUCAAGUUCAAAAGAGUCAGAUGGAGACAAAGGUCAAGGUGAUGUUAUUGAAGAGAAUACAACUAAAGUUUGGCCACCAACUCCAAAAAAUAUGGAAGUGGAAGAUGUGAAGCAGUCACGUUUGUCCAGGUUUGAGGAGGAGUUGUCAGAAUUACAAGAAAUUAAAAGUGAAUCCGUGAAGGAUCUACGUAGAAAAUUUAAUUCUGACGCUAGUGGUAACGAGAGUACUGACGUUACAGAAAAUACAACUCCACUCAUAUCUACACCGUUACGUCAAAGACGACAGUAUAAAUUUACUGGAAAUACUACCCAAAAUAUAGAGAUUCAAAAUCCUGUUCAGGUGGCAAAAGUAUCCUCUAUAAAAAUACAGAAAUCACAAUCGUUACCAAGGACAAAUAUACACAGCUCAUCACAAGCUGAUACAAAAUCUGAUGUCUGGUCUCCUAAACUAGAGAGUGGUCAGGGACCAGUUAGUAUAGAACGUGUUAAAGCUAGAACAUUACAAACUAUACCGUUCCAUGAAGAUCCUUUCUGGAAACAGAUAGAGCAAAUGACAAGCUUUGAUGAUCUGAUUGCGGCUCAGAAUGUAGAUGGCAGUGAAACAUUUGUUGUAAGAAAUAGUCAAGCUUUCCAGUUUCCUGUACAAGAGUUGUCUCCACCUAACAGAUCACAAGAGUUGUCUCCACCUGUUAACCAAACUCACUCAUGCCCAUCUUAUGCUCCAACAAUUGUAACUUCUACUCGACCUGUUCAAACAGCUUCUACAACCAUUCAACCAAAACCUAAAGUCUUUCAUACUCCAACAAUUCAGCCACUUAAAUUAGCUGUGGCUGCAAAAAGUAGUAUUGAGGCUCUAGACGAGGUACUUGAUGAUAUACGAUCUUCUUUACAGAAGAAAACACCAGCACCACAGAGAAAUCAGGCUGUGGACAGCUCAGCUUCUUCAUCCUCCGUUCAUUCGCCAAAUGUGCCAAAAAAUAUCGUUAGAAAUAUACCGAUUGAAAAAAUAAAGCAAAAUAAUAUCCAAACAAACGCUGGUCAGCAUGUUAGUCAGAAAUAUUUUGAUCAACAGAGAAAUCUCAUGGUCCCUCAGCAGCAAAAGCAGACUAACAAUCCUCAACAAAAUGUUCAGUGGAUUUACCCAACUUAUCAACAAGUAGCUCAUUCUCAAAUGAAAAGUCAGCCACAAACAGGUCAACAAAGGAUAAAUCAUGUGCACCCUAGUUCCCAGAUACCAAAUCAGGUGCACCCAAGUUCACAGAUGCCAAACCAGGUGCACCCAAGUUCACAGAUCCCAAAUCAGGUGCAUCAGAUACCAUUUACUCAGAACACAUCACAUCAAAAUUGGAAAGGGCAACACUUAUAUAAGUCAUCAAAUCAACAGAAUCCAAAUAUUAACCAAUCAAAUCAAUUUAAUCAAAAUAUUAACCAAUCAAAUCAAAAUAUGACUUUUUAUCAAAAUAAUCAACAAAUUCCAAUUAAUCCAGACAUAACACAAUUUCCUUAUAUAAUUAAUGGAAAUUAUCAGCUUGAUCCAUCAGUAUUGAAAGAGAGGCUGAUGAACACUGGUCUGGCAUUUGACCAACAAUCAGAAACUGAUGAUACUCUAAGUCAGAAAUCUGUCGCAUCAAGUUUUGCCGAUACUGAAAAACAAUUCAACCAAUCAAUAGAAGAUUUACAAAACCUGGCUCGGGAUGUGGAAGAUAAGUUGUCUCAGAUUAAAUGUAAAAUUGUGGAUGCGGACGAAAAUAGAUUGGAUUCCAUUUUAUCUGCACUCAGGAAAUUUGCCCCAACAGAACCUGUAAAAACUCCCCCUAAUAUCCAUACCAAAGAAGAACAAGACCGACAAAGGGCAAAGUUAAAUGAGGCGUUGACUGAACUUGAUAGGAUAUAUUAUGGUCUACAUCUGGACGAUCCCAAACUAACAGAACCGACAAUGGACUCUAUGAGUCACAGUCAGACUUUGCCUUCCCAAGGACAUCAUAUACCCCUUGCACAGAUACGUAGGAACAAAUCAGAUUCCGGUUUUGGACAUUAUCAAGAAGACACUGCAGCACAGAUCGAUCAACAAACACAGAAAGAAUUUGAUGACAUAACAAAGUCAUUUCAGACAUUGUUAGAUGAAGUUUCGAAAGAUGAUACACCAUCUAAACCUUCCCAUCAUGCAGCAGAGAUUGAAACCACUAUUGAGUCCUUUCUUGAUGAAUUUCGUAAAAGUUCUGAUAAUACGGCCGAUAAAAAUAUCAGUCAAAAGUUUGAAAGUAAAUUGAAGGAUGCUAAAAUGGCUACAAAGCCAAACACAUGUCGUGAUGUUCAAAAGUCAGAAGUGUUUACCGUCAGUUCAGGCUCUUUUUCUGCAUUAGUUGGUGUCAAAAAUAAAAAGAAUGGAGACAACCAAUCAAAAACAAACUUUAAAAAUACACAAACAAACACUGUUGCAAAUUACCGUGGACCUGUCACAGUAAAACCUAAGACUGCUACAGAUUUUGUGCAGAAAUCGAAAUCUGUGCCUGGUUUUAAGCAGAAAUUGAAAACUACAUCAAAUUCUGAGCCAAAAGUUGUUAGUAGUACAGCAAAUAUUAAGUUAGUAAGCCCACAAAGGGAGAUAAAAGUAAUUAAAACAAGUGGGAGUGAAUCGGAGGACGUGUCUGAUGGUCAUUUUGUACGUAAAGCUAAACGCAAUGUCAAUCUUCAACACAGGAAAUCAAUGCCAGCUUGUAUGAUUCAACGGACAGUAGAAACACAGACAAAUGCUCCGUCGUCUCCUCCUGUGGCAGUACUAAGGAGAAACUUUCAGUCUAAAGAUCGACAAUCAAGGGAAGGUUCAGAAUCAAGUGAGAGCUCAGCAGAGUCGAGAAGAGCUCGUAGAAAGACAAUAACAAAAGGGAUAGCUCUACUCAUGGAGUUCUUCAGUUCCAGUGAGGAUGAGCGAAGUCAUAAGUCUAAUCUGGAUCAUUCAACAAGUGCUCCUGACUUACGCUACGUUGGUUGUGAAAAGAUGACCAAAUCUACAAGUGACAACGAUAAAUUCAAAGGGAAAGCUAAACACAGCAGACAAAAACAUGGAACGAAAACAAAGAAUCGGUCGUCAUAUAUCAAGUUUGACAAUGUUGAUGAUAAAAUUGAUGACUUUUACGUAACUUCUACAACGUCUGACGACAAUGUGCAAUCAACACACGGAUCAAAACCUCCAAGGCAUCCGAAACGUAAACAGUCUGCAACAAGUCCGGAAAAGGUUGAUGAAAAUAAAAAAGAAGAUAAAGAAUCUGAGGAAGUUAGUCCAUCCAAUGUAGAACGUUUUAAUAAAACUGAUUUUGUUGUUAGAAGGAAAAAACGUCAGGACAACGAAGAACAAGAAAGACCUCACAGUUUUCAUGAACUACUUGCAGCAUUUGAACCUAAUCCUUUAAAGUUGAAGAAAUUAAGGAAAUGUUCUUCUGCAGAAGCCAUGCUGCAAGAUACUACGGCCAUUAAUAAAAUAUUUACAUCCAAUCCAGAUUUAAGAAAGGACUCUGAAUUCAAUAGUGGUGACUCUGCUGGUGCUAAACUAGAACAGGAAGUAAAAGAUACUGCUGUAUGAUAGUUAAUGCAUUCUGGGUAAUAUAUUUGAGAUCAUACAACAAAGAGCUGAACAAUCUUAAAUGAUGGAUAUUUUACCAAUAGUGUAAAGCUAUUUUUAUUUUAGUUUACUUACUAAAAGUAUAUGCAUAGUACAUUAGACUCUGAAAUAGUAAAUAUUUCUGAUAUCAGGCCUAAAUUUAAAAUUUGUGAUUCCUCCUCCCCCCCCUGAUUUUUCAGAGUAGACCAGGCGUGCAGGCAGGAUAUAUUUUUUUGUUUUUAUUUUUAAAGUACUUAUAAGGGCAAAAUAUUGGAUAUUGGAUCUUUUUUUCAAAGCGUGCAGUGGGGAGGGGAAACAAUCUAAAUAUAUAUUUUGGCCUCAGUCAUCAUGAUGAUUAAUAAUUUUUCAAAAUAAAAACCUUAUGAGAGCCCCUUUAUAUCCCUUAAAAAAGCAAAAAAGAGAUGCUUUCUCUGUCAACAGGUUAAGGGACGGAGGAUAACAUUGGGGUUUUCAAGUAUUCUGAGUCAUGCCUUUAUUUUCAAUACAUUUUAAAGACUUUGAUAAAUGCUUCAGACUGAUUGAGGAUAAGAAGUAAUUUAUAUUAAACCACAAAAACAGAAAUUUUAACAGUUUUGAUGUUUGCUAUUUUAUAAAAUGCAUCUCCAUUAAUAUACAUUGGAACUACUUUUAAGACUUCUGAACAGUUAUCUGAAAGUUGUUUAAAAUGAUGUAUAUCAAAAUCUUCAAAAUUAAUCAGCAACUUUUUUUUUAAUUUCUAUCUUUGAUUAAAAUUUAGUUUAUCUGAUCUUUAGAAAUAGACUGAUGUUAUAUUUAUUUUUAUGCUGUGAUUAAUUCUACGGUGAUAUGUUGGUGCUAUGAUAUUUUGUAUAAUGGUAAUUUUUACUGGCAUUUUACAUUUUUUUUGAAUUUAUUAGUUUAUAGAUAACAAUGUAUUUAAAGACUAUUGAUAAUUAUAGGAUCUGUCAAAUUUAUUGAUUACACAUAUUCAUAAAUAGGUGUGCCAAAUUUUUAUUUUGUUUUUGAUUGUGUUUCAUGAUUUCUGUGCCAAAAAAAAUAUAGGAAUUAUCUCCCUUUGUACAAUGUUUGAUAUAAACGAGCAGCAAGCUGUGUUAUGAACAACACAGUUUAGUUUAAAUUUGUAUGAUAAUGUAUGUUUAAAUUUUUAUAUUUUACUUGUUUAUGAAAUAAGCCUGCUUAAAUCUUUAUAAUGUACUUAUAUGGAUAAAAAGAAUUUCUUUUAAAAAAAAAGUAAUAAGAAUUCUGUAUGUUGACCAAAUAUGAAACUUUAGUGUUAAUGAUUUUACUUUCAGGCUAGUUUUGGUAUGAUUAGGUCAUUUGAUUGGUUAAGGAGGCCUUAGUUUAAUUGACCACAAUAUAUUGAACUAUUAAUCAAUAUAAGAUUAAUUCAUUAUUAUUUUUUAUAAGAAAAGGUCUACAAGGCAGGCUUUUAUAUUCAACACAAAUUUAAUGGCCAGUCAUAAUAAGUUUUAGAGAGUUAAAAUGAAUAAAACUUUCUGACCACUCCCAAAACAAUUUUUUGGAACAACCCCAAAUGAUGCAGUUUUUUGAAAGGGCUAAACAAAAAUGUUAUGCCCAUACUGUGCAUAGGUAUGAUUAAUUUCUGUAAUUACAUUUUCGAAAUGAAUAUUCAAAUUGUAUGAAUGAUUUCAGUAUACUAUGAUUUAGUCUCCAAAGGAAAUGUGCAAUGUUAUUUAUGAAUUUAAAGGUUGUAAAUUUUAUGUGUUCAUUAUAACGGUGCAAUGUUUAUUUAUGUGCUCUGACAUUUUAUAAGUCAUAUACAAGGAAUAUUAUAUGUAUUUUUUUCUUUCAACUAGGUCUACUAUACUUUUUAAAGUGUUUUUUCUGUUUUUGAUUUUUUCUUUAAAUUAGUUUUGGUAAUGUUCCAGAGUAACCUCCCUUUUCAACAUUACAUUAGAGUUUAUAAUAAUUUGCAAAAAUAAUUUUGAUUGAUUAAGGUUUCAUUACACUAGUGAUAUACUUGUCACUGACCAUUAGGUAACCAAUAAUCAUUGUUAGUAAAAAAUGACAGACAGCAAAUAAUGUUCAAAAUUCCCUUAAUUCAAAUACAAACCAGAACUGUACAGUUACUCUUAAAGGGGUAAAUUCAGUAACAAAUCUCCCAUUGACUGUAAUGCUAAUCUAUGUAUUGAAUUAAAUUUAUACCUGAUUUACCUUUAGAAAUCACAGGCUUUCAUAUAUCAUUCAUUAAAGUAAAAAAGUAGCCCCAUCUUUUGCAACAAUAAAAACAUAGGGUCAUGCGGCAUUUUUAGGCAUUCACAUGGCCUUGUUUACAAACAGUGUAGAUUCACACUUAAUUCCAUUACUGACCCCAUUACUUUUCAACCCUGUAGUAAAAAAAUUUAGUGCAUACAGCAUUCAUUUUUUGAUUUUUUUUAACUCUAGUUUUGAUCCAUCUAUCAAAAGAUAUUUAUUACAAACAUUAUCUACCAAUCAGAAGAGCACAGGACUUCAGUUUUGUACAGAAAGCUCUACCCCAAAUGGGCGGUCCCUGAUGACAUAUUUAUUUACUGAAUUUACCCUUAAAGAGUGUUUGUUGAAUGCUGGUAGCUUCUGUACAUUACUUAACUUCAAUAGCUGCUGUAGGGAUGUUUAUUUUUGUAAGGGAGUAAGAAGUUAAAAGACACUUUGAAAUCCUUUUGAUCCGUCCAGAAACAUUUUAUUUUUUUUCAUUUUUAUAUCUUUUUUCCCUUAUUCGAAACAACAAAUUGUGACCUGAAAUGAUUUGUUUUAAAAUUUUUAAUUGAGUUUUGUUUUAUUUUCUUGCUUUGUAUUUGCUAUUUUGUUUUCAGUUUAGUUUUUAAUUGUACUUAAUUGUUAUGUAUUUUUGUUAAAACAUUGAAAGUUGAUGCAUGAAUCAUUAGAUGGAUACAUUGUACAUGCACAUUUUUUAUUUAAGGUCAAAUGUUAAUCUUCGGUCAGGUUUCUCAUUUGACCAUUGAAUAUUCAAAUCAUUGGGAAUAUUUUUUUUACUUUGAAAGUAAAACUUUAAUUAUUGUUAAGAUAUUUUUCUAAUUCUAUAUUUGAUGAUUUUAAUAUUGAACUAUCUUGAGGAAAAUUGAUCCCUUAUGUAAUCUUAAUUUUAAAGACAUUGAGGGACAGAAAGGUCUUUUUGGGGAUAUCAGGAUUGGGCCAUAAUUUUCAGGAAAGGGAAUUAAUGAUAAAUUUUUUCGGGAUCCAAGAAAGAAUGCUUUAUUUUUUUCAGGAAGUUAGGGUUCGGCUUUUUUUUCAGGGAAAUGACACCCCCUCCAAUCCCCCCCUCAUUAUAGGAAUUGGACAUUGAAAGUCAGUAAUAAUAUUGGAAAUUAAUCAGAAUUUUGUUGAAUAUAAUAAAGGUAUCCGACUGCUCUAAAAUGAUCUGAAAUGUAUAUUUAUUAUUCUUCAGUAACAUUGGUAUGUGUAUUUUUUUAUGACAAAAUUGCUGACUUUCCUAAUGAUAAAUCAUAGAAAAUAUGUAUACAAUUAUUGCUUCUGAGCAACAUAAGGUUAAUAUUAUUUAUAGCAAGUAUUGGAUGUAAAAGUAGAAUGUAUUUGUCAUGAGCAAAGAAGCAUAGUUCAAAUUAGAUCAGGGCUGUUCCAAAACUGUUUUGGGGGGAGGGGGAGGAAUGUGAGGCAUUCAAAUUAACUUUGUUUGUGGGUGGUUGCAUUUUCUGAGAAUUUUGUUAGAAUAAUACAUGAUUAAAAUGAAAAAUUUAAAUAUUAUAGGUGGUUAGGGUCUAAAAAUGGUGCCUACCAUUCCCCCCCCCCCCCCCCCCCCCUUUUCCUUGCAUUUAGUUUCAGGAACAGACCUUAUCUCCUGUGUACCAGCAAAAAUAGAAACUAAAGAAUAAGUGAACAUAUGCUCCAUCACCCAUUACAAAUGUAUUAUACAAAUGUCUGAUAAAUCCGAUACUUAGGUGAAGAAUAAAUUACGUUGCUUCUCAGGACAUCUCAAAAAAGAUUAAAAAAAAUUAUUGGUGCUAAUUUCUUCAUGUGUGAUACUAUGGAUUCAUAAUUAUUCGUUGGAUACCAAUUUUCGUGUAUUUUAUGGGUACAGGGGAACCACAAAUUUAAAUGUUCAACGAAUAACAAAUUUUCUAAAGGAAUUUAUGCAGACUUUGCUAAAACCAUGAAAUUAAAUAUCCACGAAAAUGCAAGUUUUCCUCAAUCCAUGAAAAUUGGUACCAACGAAAAUAAAUGAAUCUACAGUACUCAAACUGACUAACUAUUUAAAUGUAGGCCAGAAUGCUAUACAAUUUAACUUUAAAAGUAACUUACUAUUUGUGCAUAGGCAGAAAUACUGACUUAUUUUGGAUAUGUGACAGUAAUGCUGACUUACUUUGAAUAUGUGACAUUAAUACUGACUUAUUUUGUAUAUGUGACAGUAAUACUGACUUACUAAUUAUGUGCAGGCCAAAACGCUGACAAUGUAUUGCUUAUACAUUUAUAAUACUCAAAAUGUGCCAAAUAUCUUAUUGAUAGACAAAUAGAAAAAAAAAUAAACUUAUUUGAUAUUUUAA